GUGGGCAGAGACGUUGCGCUAGGAUAUUCCAUUUAAUAACGAGACACCCGCUUGCUGCAGUGUGUUCGUGGCAAUUGUCGUUGUCCAGCACACAUACCAUCCGCUUGUAAUCUUGCAGCAACAGAAAGCAAUGACGGGCCUUGAAGUCAACCUCACUGCGCCAAAUGGCCACAAGAUCACAUUACCAACCGGUCUUUUCAUUAACAAUGAGUUCGUGAAAUCGAGUUCCGGCGACAAGAUCAAAAGUAUCAACCCGAGUGAUGAGUCCGAGAUUGCAUCCGUAGAAGCUGCUUCGGCAGAGGAUGUCGACAAGGCUGUCAAGGCAGCGCGAGCUGCAUUUCAAUCCGAAGCAUGGGGUGGAAUAUCCGGCACCGACCGUGGCGCGCUGAUGUUCAAGUUUGCGGAUCUCAUCGAAGAACACAAGGAAACUCUCGCAACAUUAGAAACAUGGGACAAUGGCAAAGCCUACAGUGUGUCUCUUAACGAAGAUCUCGCCGAGACCAUCGCUGUGAUCCGAUACUAUGCCGGUUGGGCCGACAAGAUUCACGGUCUCACUAUUCCAACACAUCCUCAGAAAUUCGCAUACACAUUGAAGCAACCGCUAGGUGUCUGCGGACAGAUUAUUCCUUGGAAUUUUCCUCUCAUGAUGGCUGCGUGGAAAUUCGGCCCUGCACUUGCAUGUGGUAACACAAUUGUCCUCAAGCCUGCGGAACAGACCCCGCUGUCGAUUCUGUACCUCGCGACACUUAUUCCCAAAGCCGGCUUUCCACCAGGCGUCAUCAAUAUCGUCAACGGCUACGGAAAAGAGGCCGGUAACGCGCUCGUGUCCCACCAGGACGUUGACAAGAUCGCAUUUACCGGGUCGACCAUCACCGGAAGAGCCGUAAUGAAGGGCGCCAGCAUCAAUUUGAAAAACCUCACACUCGAAACUGGUGGCAAAUCCCCUCUUGUUGUAUUCAAGGACGCAGAUAUCGAGCAGGCUGCAAAAUGGGGACAUGUUGGCAUUAUGUACAACCAAGGUCAAGUAUGCACUGCGACAUCGCGAAUCCUUGUUCACGAGGAUGUAUAUGACGAGUACAUCAAGCAGUUCAAGGACGUUGUGGCCGCCAACAAGGUCGGCAAUCCCUUCGACGACGAUACUUUCCAGGGCCCUCAGGUCACCCAAGCCCAGUACGAGCGAGUUCUGAGCUACAUAGAGUCUGGAAAAUCCGAGGGUGCUAAGCUCGCGACUGGAGGCGUGCCUCACAAGAAUGUCGGCAACGGGAAGGGAUUUUUCAUUGAGCCGACGGUGUUUACGGACGUCACCGAGAAUAUGAAGAUCUUCCAAGAGGAAGUAUUUGGACCCUUCGUUGUUAUCACGCCUUUCAAGACUGAGGAAGAAGCUGUGAGAUUGGCCAACAAUUCCUGCUAUGGCCUGGGGGCAGCACUAUUCACACAAGACGUGGAGCGAGCGCACCGUGUCUCCGCUAAGUUGGAAGCGGGUAUGGUUUGGGUGAAUAGUUCCAACGAUUCCGAUAUCAGAGUUCCAUUCGGUGGCGUCAAACAGAGUGGUAUCGGACGCGAACUUGGUGCGGCGGGCUUGGAGGCAUAUUCACAAACGAAGGCAGUUCACAUCAAUAUGGGCCUGAAAUUGUAGGAUACCAAAUAUAUUCG